AUGCAUAAAAACAAAGUAACAGUGCUGGAGAACGAGCAUAUCGAGUUAGGUUGCCCAAUAUCAGGUGUACCGGAGCCAGAUAUUGCUUGGCUUGUUAAUGGACAACUUCUUGAGGAAGGCAUCACAAAACGAGGUGUAAUCUUGGCAGCAGGAGGCAAAUCGGUAAUAAUAGAAUCUGCACAAAUGGAACAUGAAGGAAUCUACACUUGCGUUGGAACAAACAAAGGUGGCAGUUUGGAUGUCGAUGUUCAUCUCACUGUUCUCGGUAAGGUUC